AUGGCGCCUCUGGACGAAAUACAGGUCGGGGACGUCGUCAACGUCCCCGGCGGGAUGCACGGUACCGUAAGGUUCGUCGGUGUCGUCGCCGGCAAGCCGGGCAGAUUUGCGGGUAUCGAGCUUGCUCCGGAACACGCCAAACGGGGGAAGAACAGCGGCGAUGUGGAUGGAAAGAAGUACUUUGCGACCGCUAUGCCGGGAUCGGGGAUCUUUGUGCCCCUCAACAACAAUAAAUACGUGACUCGACGCACCGUUUCCAAUCCGCCCACGACCCCAUCGCGACCGGUUAAUUUCAGCAAAUCCGUCGGCCCUGGCGUUUCUGUACCCCGUCCCCCGCGCAUGAGACGCCCUUCUUUGCCUAGAUCAGAGUCCCCCCGAGUGACCGCGCCGCCGAAGCUGAGUCUGUCCGGGCUGCGGACGCCCUCCGCUGCAUCGAAAACACCCACCAACGGGUUCUCCCGAAGCCCCGUCAAGGCUCCAUCCCGCGCGUCCGACCGUCCGCCAUCUAGGUUCAGUGUUGAAGAUGGCCCGACAUCGGCCAGGACCUCGGAUUACGGGCGGAACUCUAUGGGUGCAGAGAUAUCGGACCUGAAAGAGCAGGUCAAGGCCCUUGAGAAGCAACUUUUGGAUCGUGACCAACAGCUAGAGGAGCAGGCAAAUACACUGUCAGAUUUCCAGAGGACAUUAGAGGAGCUGGAAGGAUCAGAUGCGUUGUCGAUCCGUGCCCAGCUACGAGAGAAGAAUGAACGCAUUGCGCAACUAACCAUGGAGUUCGACAUGCACCGCGCCGACUUUAGGAGUACACUCGACACCUUGGAAGUAGCGGCUUCGGAGACCGAGCGAGUAUACGAGCAGCGGAUUGACGAGCUUAUGCAGCAGAACAAGGAACUACAGGAUCGCGGGGAGGAUGUUGAGGCUGUUGCACGACAACUUAAGCAACUGGAGGAACUCGUCUCAGAGCUGGAGGAAGGGCUAGAAGAUGCACGCCGGGGUGAAGCGGAGGCCAGAGCGGAAGUGGAAUUCCUACGCGGUGAGGUCGAACGUACGAAACUGGAAUUAAAGAAGGAAAGGGAAAGCUCUGGUUUGUCCAGGGAGAGUCGCAUGAGCCCAGACGGACAUUUUUCACGAGAACUCGAGCAGAAGGAUGAUGAAAUCCGCGGGUUGAAAGCGAUAAUCCAUUCUCUGAGUAGGGGUGAGCCUGACUUGCAUGCGCUGCAGCAGAACGGAUUUGGAGCCCGGCCAGAUCACAAUGCGGACCAUGUGGCUGAUCUGGAGCAGCGGGUGCAAGAAUACGAAAGGGCCAACGAACAUAAGACAUACCGUAUCGAGGAGCUUGAGCGCGAGUUGCAGCAACUUCAAGCCAACGAAAAUGGUCGCACCCGCAGUUCCACCGUCACGCAGUCAAACGCGCAGCACAAACCCACCGGCUCAGCAGGGAAGAUCAGCAAUGGACAUACCAUCAAUCAUGCCCAUCGACUGUCCGACCGCACGGUGGUCCCAGGAGACUGGCAAGAUGAGGCUCCACAGGAUGGUUUGUACCCAGCAUAUCCGUCCCACGGUCGUGGCACGUCAGACACAUCUGCUCGCCUGGAGACGAUGCACGAAUCCGAUGCGCAAGAAUCCGACACUCGCUCGGAGGAUGGCGGUUCCCUCUGGUGUGAGAUUUGCGAGACCGGCGGCCAUGACAUUCUGAGCUGCACAAACAUGUUUGGCGCAGAUGCUAAGAAUAAUAAACCCGCUCCUGCGCCAGAGGAGCAACCUUCACACGAGGAUAGCUCCGCAGAUGAAAAACCCUCCGCACACUCUCCCUCGUCGAGCCGGAGCCAGAACGCCCCUUCUCAAAAGACUGGACGUGAUGUUGUCCUCGAGGGUCUCCGGGGAGUGGGUUUGACAUCGUCCAUGGCCCCUGUUGCAGGGAAGGCGAGUGGCAUCAUUGACGAGACGAAAUGGUGCGCUCUGUGCGAGCGGGACGGACACGAGAGCAUAGACUGCCCGUUCGAUGAUUAA